AUGACCGCUCCUACUUCCGGCAUGAAUAUUCCCCAGUUAGCGGACGCAGCGCGCCCGCGUGUCGUGGUCGCCCUGGAUCUCGGCAGCUCUCUCACUCGCGUCAUUAUUCAGCGCAUAGGAUUCUCCCCUGCAGGAGGCAUCAUCUCUAAGACUUUUGCCUCCCAUGGCUACCCGUUCGAUGACCAUGUCCCCGUGUAUAUGGGCGACAAUCAUCCGUACGAUCGCGAGUCUGUUUCGCUGAAGUACGCAUUUUACAUCCUUGCCAAUGCUGCAGACAAGUUCGUGGAUGAAUACCCCAUGAUCCAGAGGCUUCGUCAAGAGGACAGUCAGGCAUUCCGGCAGAAACUUCGGACGGGAAUCCUGGAGUUGUUGAGGGAAGUCCGAGGUUGGAUUUUCCAAAACCCUCGUAAGGAUUGGGCGAUCAAUAACCUUCCUGUCUCCAUGCCGGCCCAGUGGGGCGUGGAGUUUGAAGAUGUGGUCCGGGAUCUAAUCAGAGAGGCUUUUGAGUGGAACAAGGUGGAGGCAAGAAACAAGGUCGGGUUCCGCAGGGAGGCCGAUGGCCUAACUCAUUACAUCUUGAAUUCACCCGGGUAUCUUGACGAUGUUAAGGUUCCAGGCUCCAAUCAAGUGUGGCUGGUGAUUGACUUUGGCGGACAUAACCUGAACGCAUCCUUGUUUUGGGUGAGGCACAAUGAGCAGGGACCGCCGCAGUUUUUCAGACUUGAACAAUCAUUUGGCGCUGGCGGCGGCACUGAACACGUGCUUCACGGCAUUCUGGUCGCUUGUGCAACCAAGUGCCUCAACCAGGAUGCCGGCCCAGGACAUCCGAUGUGUCCCGCGAUUUCCGAGCAAAUUCGCGAGGCAUUUACUGAUCCCCGCGUUAGAGGAGACUGGGGUCCUGCCCAGGAGGGAGAGACUCCCAAAGCAUUCUCCUUCGGUGUUCCCCUGUGGGAAGAGCAGAAUUUCCUGCUGUGCACGUUUGACCAGGACGAGAUCACUCAAACUUGGAACGAAGCCCACAAAGCCGCCUUUGAGCUUGUUGAUGACCUACUCAAGAAUUUGAGAAGGAGGACCGCAGAGACUGACCACCCUAGCAUUGUCCCUGAGCCGGUGAUCUUCAUUGCCGGCGGUAGCACCAAGAACAAGCCCGUGAAGCGCAAGCUGAUGGCCAUGGUCCAAGAAGCCAACCUCCCCGCUCCAGUUUUUCUUGACUAG